AUGCAGGGUGGAGGGCGCAGCGAGUGCGACUCGGCGGCCGGGUGCGCGUGCGGCGGCCGGCGCGCUUUUCCCGAGCCGCCCCACCCGCUGCGCGCGCUUGAUGCGAUGCCGCCGCCCUUACUCAGGUCAAAUCCUCUGUAUACAGAGGAGGAAGAACAAGAGGUAGUGAUUAAUGUGGACUCGCUGGAGGAUGUGCCCGAGCCGGAGCCACCACGGACGCCUCGGAGAGCACCCUCCACGUCCUCAGGUUACGGCAGCGGCGGCGGCAGCCAUGGUCGAGUCUCCCCCCACUUACCAAAGAUCGAGCAGUUCCAGCCCAGAAUAAGCGACUCGGAAAAACAUAAUGGAUCUCACACCACUUCAGACUCCGACAACAGUCCAAUUUGCACUCUCAGUCGAAGUAUGAAGGACGAUAUUAGAUCGUGUCUAGGACCAUGCACAUGGGAGAAAGAUGUGAGCGAAGUAGUAGAAGCAGCGGUCCGCGGUGCGGACGGCAUAAGUGCUGCUCGCGCGAGAUUGCACGCCGCAAUUUUGGCCCUGCACACACCAUCGCGAAUCCCCAACCGUGGUCCCUCACUGCCCUACUGUGGGCCUGGCGUUCGGCCUGGUGACGUCACAAUGAUGCCUAAGAACACCGAAAUGUCUUUACUGGUUAAUCAAGUUAAAAUAAAGCUUUCAGGCUUUAGUGAAAAGGCUGACAAAUCCAAGGAUACGUUGCAGUAA